AUGAGUCUCUCCGCUAAGGACAAGGCAAUUGUCAAGGCCUUUUUUGGCAAGGUUGCCGGCAGGGCCGAGGAUGUUGGCAACGAGGCACUUUCCAGGUAAUUACAAUUAUUGAAUUAUUAAUACAAGUAAUUGAUCAAUACAAUUAUUUUAGACCUUUGAAUUACUUAUGAAUGGUUGACAAUUCCUUACCAUACAAGUGCGUAAAAAUGGAUCUCGCGCGUAAAUGGAACUCCCUUUUUCCAAUGCACAUCAAGUAAAAAGAGUGGGGUCAUAUGAUACAACGAUAAACAUGCCACGCUUAACCGAAGUAUGUUUGCACCCUCGCAGGACGCUGGUGGUGUACCCCCAGACCAAGACCUAUUUCUCCCACUGGAAGGACCUGAGCCUCGGCUCUGCCCCGGUCAGGAAGCACGGUGGGACCGUCAUGGGAGGCGUCCUGGAUGCCAUUGAGAAGAUUGACGACCUUAGUGCUGGUCUUCUCACCCUCAGCGAGCUGCACGCCUUCUUGUUGAGAGUGGAUCCUGCCAACUUCAAGGUGAGUAAAUAGCCAAAAAUGCACGUGUUUUCUUUCUCACUAGUAGCUUUUUUUCCAUUAGCAACCGUCCAAGCGUGAAUACUGUAAUAGCUAUGCAGCUUAAAAACCCAAUGGAUUUCAAUAUUUAGAAACAUACUCAUGAAAUAUGCUGCUAAUAAUGUUUCUGCUCUCUCUUCACAUCCCAAGAUCUUCAACCACAACCUGCUAGUGACGCUGGCCAUGAUAUUCCCUGAUGACUUCACCCCUGAGGUGCACGUGGCUACGGACAAGUUUCUGGCCCAGCUGUCCCUGGCUCUGUCUGAGAAGUACCGUUAAGCAAGGAGCUAGAUUUCCACUUGACAAUCUUUGUAGGGUGUCAAUUGAAAUGAAAAGAUGCAAUAAAUAAAUCCUACCGAUCGAAUCUGAAACGUUGUUGUCCUUGGUGAUUAAUUGUAGGCUAUAUGUGUUUUAAUGUUUAGUUACUUAUUUAUUUCAUUAAUAGACCUAGAUUAUUGAUUGUAAAAUAAUUUCACAAAUAUAUCCACUAUCCACAAAGUUGAAAACGUCCACUACUCCACUGUGGGUCCACAUUGCCAUCAAUAGUAAUAGCAAUAAUUAUAGUAAUAGGUAAGCACCACCACCUUCAUCAUCAUCAUCAUCAUUAUCAUCAUCAUUAUUAGGCUACCAUUAUUAUAUCACCAUCAUUAUAUGACCUUACACCCUUAUAUGAUAAGUCAUUACUGUUUGUCUUCUGGAGGCCUACAUUACCAGUAUUUAGACCAGAUUAUUGUUUGAUGAAAUAAUCAAUAAACCAGAAGCACUGGUCUUGGAUCAGAUUUUUCACCCAAUCUUUACAUGAUAAUGUUAGGUGUUGCUACACAUGACAAUGGCCCAGCUCUUACAGGAGGUAAUUUAUAGAUAUAGCUUAGUUUGCACCAUUUAAUAUUGUACAACUUCAUACACCAAUCAUUAUUUAAAUAAUUGCUCAAACUUGCACUUGCUUGAAAAAACAUAGGCACACACAUCUUGAUGUCGUAAUUUUAAGCCAAAUGAUUCAAUAAAAGAGUGUAAUAAAAAAAAAGGUAUUGUGAAUGAAAACAAGCUUUAUCAUCAUAAAAUGUAGAUUAACAAAAGGAAAAUAUAUUCUUACAAAAAAUUAAAUAGUGAUAAAAAAUUUAUAUAUAUAUAUAUAUAUAUAUAUAUAUAUAUAUAUAUAUAUACAUAAAAUGCAUGUUUUAUUAGGCCUAAAUAAAAUAAAAUAAAGGGCUUGCAAAAUAUUUUCUUUAUCGGCUUUUGGCAGAACUUUUUUCUUAAUUUGACUUUCUGAAAACAAAAGUAUGAAUUAUUUGGCUAUACAUCGGCAGUCACAGGGACAUUAAACUGUCCACAUUUCCCCCAACACCACUGAAAUAAUUUCAAAUAUGAAUUGGUGAUAAAUAAUGAUGAUCAUUAUUGAAUGAGCAUGAAGGGCACAUGAGAACUAUCGUCACUGUCUUGGUGAUUUGUACCUUUUGGUCGUUGUAAUUUACAGUAGGCUAUGAAUGUUAACCAUUGUUAACCCUGCCCACUCAAAACAGCUAAACCAAUAGUUGGCUGUCGGUGUGGAGACAAAACGCGUAUAUAAGCUGUCCCGUCAGUAGCAUGAAGAGUACAUAUCAUCUUGAGUGAUACCUCAUAAACGUCAAUAUGGUUGAGUGGACAGACUUCGAGCGCGAAACAAUCCAGAGCAUCUUUGGGAAGAUGGACUAUGAUGACGUGGGCCCCGCGGCUCUUUCCAGGUCUUCACUCUUUUUCAUACCUCCUUAAAAAUAGGCCUACAGUUACAUUGAACAUCGUGCAUAUUAUAUGAUUAAUGCGGUCACUCAUAAUGCAAGUAUUCACUUACAGGUGUCUGGUCGUGUACCCCUGGACCCAGAGGUAUUUCGGUAACUUCGGAAACCUGUACAAUGCCGCUGCCAUCCAGGGAAACCCAAUGGUCGCCGCUCACGGAAAGACCGUCCUGCACGGACUGGACCGGGCUGUCAAGAACAUGGAUGACAUCAAGGCCACCUACGCCGAGCUGAGUGUGCUGCACUCCGAGAAACUGCACGUGGAUCCCGACAACUUCAGGGUAAAUGAGUUGUCCUUUUAUACUUCACAAGGUCAUAUUCUACUUGCCUAUCUCAAUACUGCGCCAGAAUGCAUUUUCUUACAUGUCCAUUAUCUUUUUUCUUUUGCAGCUGCUGGCUGACUGCCUGACUAUUGUCGUUGCUGCGAGAAUGGGUGCUGACUUCACCGCUGAUGUCCAGGGUGCUUUCCAAAAGUUCCUUGCGGUCGUGGUGAGCUCCCUGGGCAGACAGUACCACUAG